GUUGGCACUUUGGAUGGAAUCAUUUGGCCAGCCGAAAAAGAGGCAAGCGAUCGCACGAUAGUACCAAUACCCAGCAGUAGACGCCAAGGCAUAAAGCAAAAUUCAGAAUGCAAACAAUAAAAUGUGUGGUCGUCGGAGACGGAGCCGUCGGUAAGACGUGCCUGCUCAUUUCGUACACGACCAACAAAUUCCCAUCCGAGUAUGUACCGACUGUGUUCGACAAUUACGCCGUUACGGUCAUGAUCGGUGGCGAGCCGUAUACGCUGGGCUUGUUUGAUACCGCCGGUCAGGAAGAUUACGAUCGACUCCGACCGCUGUCGUAUCCGCAAACGGACGUGUUUUUAGUAUGCUUUUCCGUUGUUAGUCCCAGUUCGUUUGAGAACGUUAAAGAAAAGUGGGUGCCAGAGAUUACGCAUCACUGUCAAAAGACCCCGUUCCUGCUGGUAGGCACACAGAUUGAUUUGCGCGACGAAAACAGCACACUAGAGAAGCUGGCCAAGAACAAACAAAAGCCCAUCACCCUCGAACAGGGCGAAAAGCUGGCCAAGGAGCUGAAGGCGGUCAAAUACGUGGAGUGUUCUGCAUUGACCCAGAAAGGACUAAAGAACGUAUUCGAUGAGGCAAUCUUAGCAGCACUAGAACCCCCAGAGCCGACGAAAAAAAGGAAGUGCCGAUUUUUGUAAAACAAUUCUCCCGUUUUUUUACCUCUUUUCCUUUGUAAUCGUAUGGAGCCCAGCAUUUCGCUCCUUUUUUUCUUUUAUUUCGGUUCCGCAAUAUUAAUCCCAUUUCGUCGUCCAAAGUCGCAUGAUACCGCAAGUCCGUUGAAGAAUGGAAAACAGAGCGACGAUAGUCCACGAGCAAACUAACACGAUAGAGUUUAGCGUUUAGCUUUUCCCUUUUCCCUCUUCUUCUAAUGAACUCUAAUGUUUGUUAAUUGAACCGAUAGGCGCCUAGAACCAUCCCUGACCCAGAGCCACGACGCGCAAUUCGUAAUCGUUGUUAUUUGCGUAUAAUCAUACAUACACAUAAUUGCGUAUAAACAAACCUAAGCAUAACUAACCAACAUUCAACAACCUCAGAGACGAAGAUAUGAUAUAUAUGGUAAAAAAACGCUGUAUACAGUAAGGCAACAAAAAAGAAAUACGCAAAAAAAUUAAUUAACAUUGAUUUAUACAAAAACCAAGA